AUGCGUUUUAGUUACACCAUUUCGGUCACUACAGUCGCCAUCCUUGCAAGUGGUGAAAUUGUUGUCCCCUCUGUAAAUUCCGAAGAAACCAAGCUCGUGGUUCUAGCACAAGCUUCAAACAUAACUGAUCAGAAUGUUGUCGCUGGCAAAAGGCUUUUAAGAGAUGAUGGUGCUCGCCAUGGCAAUUUGUCCGCCCAAGAAGAAGACCGGUCGUUUCUGAAGAAUACCCAGUUUCUGUACUGGUACAUGAUGGGGAGGACACCUCAGAGCGUCUACAAGAAAUACUUCGAAGGCAUGGACCGCUCCAUCGUCGUCAAUAACCCGAACUACGCCGUUUGGAAGAGAUACGAAGACUACUACAAGAAGAAGACAAGUGCUUAG